CUUUCCUCUAUUGUAUUUCAUCGGUCUAUCAGUUCGAAGGUUGAACCUUCAUUGCCAAAGUACUGCCAAACAUCACACCGGGCAUCACUGGCACUGGCGAUAAGCAGCUAGCCCCUGUGGAGCCAGCUUCACAUUUGAGACUCGCGUAUUACCGAGGCAGACCUCAUGUGCGCUAGGUGAACACCAUGGCUACCUUUACUUACUCCUCUCUUGACACUACACACCCAUCUAUUCGCCUCGUCCGCCUCCUCUCCGGGCAUGGCCCUAUCCAAUGCGAAUUGUUCACCUCAUUCCUCCCACCUGCCUGCUCAGAAGCACACCUGACCACGACUGUCCCAUACGAAGCAUUAUCUUAUACGUGGGGUGGCAGCGAGAAGACAGAUACAAUCAUCGCCAAUGGGUCACUGUUAGGCGUGACUAGAAACCUGUAUCUCGCUCUCAGUUACCUGCGCCGCGAGGACACCGAUCGAAUCUUGUGGAUAGACGCUAUAUGCAUUGACCAGGACAAUGCAAGAGAGCGAAACCACCAAGUCAGGCAGAUGGCCAGGAUUUAUGAAAGUGCCGAUGCGGUGAUCUUGUGGCUGGGACAGGCAACGUACGCAACAAAUGUGGCACUAGACUCAUUGAGGCAUUUGGAAAUUGAAAGCAAGAAGGUCGCUUGUAGGGGAUGGAGGAAGAGCGAUGCACGGUGGCACACGCUCUGGUCAAAAACGCAGAGGAAGUUGGCACGACGAUAUCCAGACCUCGUGUCAAGGCAAAGAGAAGGGAUACAAGACCUGUUCAACAGGCCUUGGUUUGAGAGGAUGUGGAUCAUUCAAGAAGUGGCUUACUCGCGAAAGGCACUUGUUUGUUGUGGGAACAAAUCUGUGUCGGCCAGGGUGUUCGCUCUGUCCCCCUACCUGUUCGCCGUCAAGCCAUCAGACCAAGCCCAGGCUAUCCUAGACAUCAUGCCUGGGCGUUCCAGAUACGACUCGUGGUGGGCUCAUGGCCACGACCUUUACACCCUUCUUCGAAAAUUUCGCUUCAGCAAGGUCAGCGACCCAAGGGACAUGAUAUAUGCUCUGGUCAGCAUUGCUUCUGACCCUGGGCUGCAGGAGACCCUGAUACCUGAUUACGAGAAGACCGAACGGGAAGUCAUUCGAGAAACAGUCUUGUUUCUUUGUCACGUUGACAUUGAGCUUAUUCCCGAGGUGUUGGACGGAUACUGGAAUGCCAUGGUAGAUGACCAGAGUAUGAUGGGUUUUCUCAAGAGCAUUGAUUCACUGCAUGCAGCAGCAAUGGAUCAACAUCUGCGCAAUCACCGUGGCGACUUUACUAAAUCCUUCUACACAUCGAAGGGCCAUAAUGUUCGCAUUACGAACGAGAUGAUAAAUAUCGCAGACAAGCAGAGGAAGACAGGCGACACCGACUUCGAAACACCAGUAGGGCUGAUCAUCAAGAAUCAUGCAAAUCUCGCAAUAUUGGAAAAUGCAUUGGAGAAUUGGCACACCGUUCCAUGGAUAAGGUUUUUACUCAAAAGCCUGCCACCUGAGGUGAGGAUCACAGAAAGCACCAUGGAGCUGGCCAUGAAGAACGCGUACUGUCCACGGGUGCUGGACUUGUUGUUUGAAGAACGGGGAAGUGAGGUACCGAUCACAGACCGAAUCCUAUAUUUUGCGGCUGGGUCAAUGCAGGUCAAGGAGAUAUUCGAGGUUCUGCUGCAAGCUAGAGGUGCCCAGGUUCGUUUGACACCAACUUUGAAAAGGAUGCUAGAGGAAAAUGGGUCACCGAAGCAUAAGGCAACACUUGAAUUACUUGAAAGCCUUGAGACUGCAUGGUUGGUCAACCGCCACCCACAGGAGGUUUCUAACGAAACCCUAGGGAAGGUGGAUACAGAGCGGCUGUUGGAUGAAUUCAGAGCCGGAUGGGAUGCUUUUGGAAUGUAUCGUUUUUCUUCUAUUGAUACCUAGAUAGCACAUACUCUCCAGUAUAAAGUCUUUCAUAAGGUAGUAGGAUAUUUAUAAACUUUUUAGAAGCUAAGAGGUGGGUAUAAAUAACCUUGCCUUAACCUCGUCGUAGUUCCCCUCUUCAAACUGAGCCCCGACUCCAAUCAGGUCAUUCUUCAUAUAUUCUUCUUUCU